CUUCUCAACCCUUUUCUCUUCUCUUCUUUAGUUCCAACUUGCUAUUACAUUCAAUUCUCCUUCUUUGUUUUUCGAAGGAGCUUUCUGGGGCCCCCAGAAAGACUGGCUUUUUGCAGGAAUUCUGGUGGGUAUUGAUCGGAGGCCAUUGUCAGUCUCUGGUUUGUCCAGAAGCUCUUUAAAGGGUUUAAUUUUGGAAUUUGAAAAACAAAAAAGAAAAAAAGAAAAAAUGGGGGCUUGUUGCAGUACUAAGAUGGAAAAAAGGGAAAGAUUCAUGGAGCGAGAAGAAGAAGCAGCAAGAGAAAUUGUUGUUGAAGAAGAAAAUGAUAUACGUCAGGGAGAUCAUGGGUCUCGUGUUAGGUUACGUGGUCCUUCUCAAUUCACAUCCAUGUUCACUGAAAGAGGAAGAAAAGGUGUUAAUCAAGAUACUAUGACCAUAUGGGAGGGUUUCGGUGGAGAAGAAGGUAAGAUCUUCUGUGGUGUUUUUGAUGGACAUGGACCUUCAGGUCACAAGGUUGCACUUCAUAUAAGGGAUCUUCUACCAUCGAAACUAUGUGCAGUAUUGAAUUCAUCUAACAACAAUGAUGUUGAAACACCAUCAGCUAAUGAAGAAGAUGGUGAUGUUUAUGAUCCUGAAAGUGAUUACAUUGUUGAUACCGUUAGCAAAGACGAUCCUUUUUUCCCCACAUUUUCUUCAUGGAAAUCUGGUUUUCUUAAGGCCUACCGCGAAACUGAUAAGGAACUCAGCUCGGAUUCCAACAUUGAUUCUUUCUAUAGUGGUACCACUGCAGUUACUAUCCUUAGACAGGGGGAGCACUUGCUGAUAGCGAAUUUGGGAGAUUCUCGUGCGGUUCUUUGCUCAAUAGACAACAGAAACCAACCCUUUCCCGUCCAACUUACAGUCGAUUUAAAACCAAGUAUUCCAAGUGAAGCUGAAAGGAUUAAGAAACGUAAAGGAAGAGUUAUGGCCAUGGAAAAAGAACCAAAUGUGAGUAGAGUGUGGAUGCCAGAGGAAAAUUGUCCAGGUCUAGCAAUGGCAAGAGCUUUUGGGGAUUUCUGCUUGAAAGAUUAUGGACUCAUUUCUGUCCCUCAAGUUUCUUAUAAAAAACUUACAAGCAAAGAUGAAUUUGUUGUCAUAGCAACUGAUGGGGUAUGGGAUGUUCUAUCAAACAGAGAAGUUGUUAAGAUAGUUGCUUCGGCGAGGAAACGUUCUAUUGCAGCAAAAAUUUUAGUAGAUCAUGCAAUUCAUGCUUGGAGAACAAAAUACCCAAAAUCAAGAAUUGAUGAUUGUGCAGUAAUUUGCCUAUUCCUGAAACCUAUAUCUUCAUCUUCUAGUUUCAGCACUGAAGAGAACAAGGACAGUUCAAUUCCCAGGGGACUGAAGGUUUCUCGAAGUACUAAAACAACAAAAAGUUCUGAAGUUUCUGAACCAGCAAUGUCACCUGCUUCAACAAAUUGGAGUGCUGUUGAAGGAUUUAGUAGCCUUAUUACUGCAGUAAAUCUUCCUCGAUCAGCCAGUGAUGCUAUUACUGGAAGGAAGAUAUCAAUGGAAGAUGAAGCACAAGAGAAAAGCGAUUAA